UCAGAGCUCACACACGAGUUUCUUCAGAUCCUUGAAAAGACGCCCAGCAAACUGAAGAGGAUACGAAACUGGAGGGCUAUUCAAGCAGCUAAGAAGCCAAAGUCGGAUGGCUCUUCUGUGGACAGUGUGUACCAGGGGACGUCCUUAGAUGGCCUUCCCGGGGUCAGCAACUCCUUCUUCCCCUCCACUUCCUCAGACUCUUCAGACAUGCCGUCCCUCAACAACAUCGCAGCCUCCUACGCCUCCUACCAGCCGCUGAGCGACGAGUCAAAGAGCUGCGGAUACGACAACUUCCCCGAGCCGGACUUCACGCUGGUGAAACACGAACACAAAGCUGCCGGCGGCUCCAGCAGCAAACAGCAGCCGCUCAAUGCAAACGCCGCCACUUUUUCACGGCCGCAGAAAGUGUUGACUCUGGAAAAGUACCGAGAGAAACACGCGGCGACGGACGUGACCUCGCAGAACGGCGUAAAGGACGAGUCGAACACAGACAUGUACAUACCUCCCCAAACCUCCUCGCACCACCACAAGAAACGCUCCCAGCAGGCGGGGCAGUCGGGCGACGGCAGGAGAGAGAAGAGCAGCUCGAAAAAGGCUCGGCUGCCUCACUCUUUAGCGGAAAACGGCUCGGCGACGGGCGAAGAGCUCAAGAUGAGAAUCAAAGUUUCGUCUGAGCGUCACGGCGGCUCGGAGCCAGGCGGUAAAGACAAGCACAAAGAGCAUCACCGCCACUCGAAACACGGCCACUCGCAUCCUUACGCCCUCAGUGGGAACGCCCGGGGGACAAUAGACAGCGCUUCGUUAUCGAUAAGAGCUCCAGACGGGGCCUCCUCGUCCUCCCGAAAAAGACCUCACUCUGAAGCAGGAAACCACCACCACCAUUCGUCCAAGAGCCGGAGCUCCAAAGCAGGUUCGGCCCAUUUCUCGUCCGAAGGAGGCCAGAGGAUGAUGGAGCAUCACGGCCACGACGGCACCAACGGCAUGCUGACCACCAACGGCCAACACACCGACUACAAAGACACUUUCGACAUGCUGGACUCUUUACUAAGUGCCCAAGGAAUGAACUUGUAACCCUCGGAGAGUCCACAGUCUAGAAUAAGGUAUUACCAUGUUUAAUAGAAAUUUUAAAGAAUGAAUUUAUUUGUCUUAAGUUAUCUGCAUCGCCCUCACUGAUGAUUCUCUGUCAGAAAAAAAACCAUAUGCAUAGAGCUGUGUACUAGCUUGCAAAAAAAAAAUAGUUUUAAAGAAUUACGGCUGAAAUUAAUGAGAUUUUAAACAUUCUUUUAACGCGAACUGACAUUAUGAUUUUUAUCGUGCAUGUUUUUAAGUCACACAAGGGAAGCUAGUGUUCGCAGCCAUCGUGACAGUUUACAAACGGUCCUUUUCCUUUUCUUUUUUGUUCUCCGUACGUUGAAGACAUUUUGUUCCACUGAAAAUCUCAGGUCUUGAACUUUUUUGAUAUAAGAGCGAAUCUUCCUCUGUUUGGGUUUGUUACCUGUAUCUGUGGAGAUGUAUCACCUCGUCCGUUUGCUGACGACGACGACGGCACCUCGUGUGUCUGUCUUAGGGAAAACAUGGUCUGCUUACUUUUCAAAGAGUGCAUCAAUAGCUCAACAAAAAAAAACGUCUAUUUGCUGUUUAUCGGGACUCCUAAGGCCGCACCUGAACUUAAUGUGCAGACUCAUUAUAGAGCCACAAAUGAAGUUUACGUUACAUCUGCUGUGAAAGUGCAUUUAAGAUAUAUAGGCUAAAAAUUACAAAAAGGGCCUUGUGAUUGUACAUUGUCAAUCGCUAUACAGUAUGAUAAAUGUUAUUAACUACCAGAAAAUCUCUAAAAUAAGAAUGUGUAAAUAGGACUGUAGUUAAUCAGUCAGUCAGUCCAGACCUUCCUCAUUCAGUGUAUCAUCUAAAGCAGACUCUGUAUUGAUGAACAUAUCCUCGAUUUGUGUAUUGGGAGCCCAAAUAAAGGUGUAAAAGUGA